GUUGGCUUGUUACGCGUACGCCUUGAUGCAAGAAAAAUGGGUGAUUUAGGUACAAAGAAGAGAGCUCUAGGAGUCCUAACAGCAUUAGUGGUAGCAGCUGUACUACUACUAGCAGCAGCAGAUUACUUUAGGUUGUUAUCCGGAGAGGUGUCGCCAGGCGGUCACAUGCAACAACAAGCUCCUCCAUUCCAGUGGUUCUCUGUCAGUAACAUAUCAGAUGAAGAUGAAGCUAUUGCUACAGUGUAUCCAUUACCACACUAUGGGAAAGACCUCUGCUUACAGUUCAACAACAAGCAUCACCAAAAAAAGACGAAAAGAAUAUACCGACAUCCAAACAUUGUCCAUUAUGUUAAAAUGGCUAGCAACAAAGGAACAGACGCGGAAUUGAAACUGUUGGACUACGUCUCAAUACUCUCAGUGGAUAAGAACUACAAACCAGACAAGAUUGUAAUACAUUCAAACAGGAAACUCACAGGGGAACUAUGGAAACUGGCUAACACACUCAACACUACAAUCGAAGAGAGAUAUGCUGCACGACGACCCACCAUAGGGCGGUCCAACAAACCCGCAAAGACCAUCAGUCACGAAGCGGAUGUACACAAAAUAGAGAUAGCCAUGAAAGAAGGCGGUAUUGUAAUGGACUUCGAUGUCAUUAUCUUAGAUGGUGAAAAUUUACGACGGCAACAAGCGUCUUCUGAGUGUGUGCUGAGUAUAGAAAGAGAGUGCACUUUCGUCAAUGCUGGAUUCAUUUCUUGUGUCCCUAACACUGUGUUCCUGGGAAAAUGGUGGCAAGGCUAUAUGAACGAUUAUCGGAACACCUGGUCGUCCUAUCUCUACAACUGUGGUGAAUACUCUGCAAGGAUAUUGAGAGGGUGUCCCUCUUGCUAUAACGUGUACUUGGACCCCGAGAUCUGCAUGAACCCAGACGCUGGUGCCCCCGGGGGCCCGGGUCCGGGACGAGACCCCUGGAAGGUGAAGAACGGAGUGAAAUGGAGGAACAAGACAGUGGUGCAUGUACUAUUACAUCAUCUUCAAGUACCCAAAACAAACUAUUUGUUGAACCUUUGGGACUGCUCGUACAAGGAACUGGUCAUGCAUAUCCUAGGUGAUAGCUAUAAACAAUUUCUACCAAAACCAAAUUCAUAA